UUUAUUCAUGCCGGGCAAGAUGGCGGCGGUUCAGAGUAGAUGUUAUUACUGGUAAACAUAUAAAGGCAUUUUAUUCAAAUUAUAAUUGGCAGUCAGAUACUUGUACACACGCGUUCGCACUGUGUGUCAACUGAUCACGUAACAAGCGUCGAGGUCUUGUUUAUUUUACACGUCUUGGAGGUUUUUUUCCCGACUAAAUGUUCACGUUUCGAGUCGCUCGCUAACAGAGCAGCCAGCAGCCAUCUAUCAGAGCCAAGCCGCCGUCAAGUGUAGAAUGGGGGAAAAGCUGGAGCUCAAGCUCAAAUCGCCGGUCGGAGCAGAACCUGCUGGUUAUCCCUGGCCAUUACCAGUAUAUGAUAAACACCAUGAUGCUGCUCAUGAAAUCAUCGAGACCAUUCGGUGGGUGUGUGAGGAAAUCCCAGACCUCAAACUGGCGAUGGAAAAUUACGUACUCAUUGAUUAUGACACCAAGAGCUUUGAGAGUAUGCAGAGACUUUGUGACAAGUACAACAGGGCUAUUGACAGCAUACACCAGCUGUGGAAAGGAACCACCCAGCCCAUGAAGCUAAACAAGCGUCCCUCCAACGGGUUGCUGAGACAUAUCCUACAGCAGGUGUACAACCACUCAGUGACUGACCCAGAGAAGCUGAACAACUAUGAACCCUUCUCCCCUGAGGUUUACGGAGAGACAUCUUUCGACCUCGUGGCUCAGAUCAUUGAUGAGAUGGAAAUGAUGGAAGAUGACACUUUUGUCGACCUUGGCAGUGGAGUGGGGCAGGUGGUGCUGCAAGUUGCAGCAGCGACUAACUGUAAACACUACUACGGAGUAGAGAAAGCAGACAUUCCCGCUACAUAUGCAGAGACCAUGGAUAAAGAGUUUAAAAAGUGGAUGAAGUGGUAUGGGAAGAAACAUGGGGAGUACACACUAGAGAGAGGCGAUUUUCUGUCUGAAGAAUGGAAAGAAAGAAUUGCCAACACAAGUAUUAUUUUUGUGAAUAACUUUGCCUUUGGUCCAGAGGUAGAUCACCAGCUGAAGGAACGCUUCGCUAACAUGAAGGAAGGGGGAAAAAUUGUGUCCUCCAAACCUUUCGCACCUUUAAAUUUUAGAAUCAACAGUCGAAACUUGAGUGAUAUUGGAACAAUAAUGCGCGUGGUGGAACUUUCUCCAUUAAGAGGAUCUGUAUCAUGGACUGGAAAGCCGGUUUCUUACUACUUACAUACCAUAGACCGCACCAUACUUGAAAACUAUUUUGCUAGUUUAAAAAAUCCUAAACUCAGGGAGGAGCAAGAGGCAGCUAGACGUCGUCAGCAAAAAGAUACAAAGGACAGCAAAAGUAAUAGCACCACUCCAACAAAACCUAAGGAGCAACCCAAGCAGGACUCGGGUGGGGAGGACGAGCAUCCUAGCUUGGUGACGGUGGUCAAACCACCUGCCAAGCCUCGGAGAACCCGACUGUUGUCCAAAGGUCGCAAGAUAAACAAUAAGAAACGUGGUCGACCCAAGAAGGCCACCCCUGCUGCUGAGAAGAACAAGAAGAACCAGAGCGCUUUGGAUUUACUGCAUGCAAAGACUCUUUCUGCAGCACCACCUCAGGAUGCAAACCGGCCAGCGCAGAGUCCCUUUCACCAGCUACCUCUCAAGGUUCAGCACUAUACUCCCAGUCAGCUUCUGCUGAGCCCAACUCCUCCUGCUCUGCAGCAGCUGCUUGAAAACAUCAAAGUCCAGUACCUCCAGUUUACGGCCUACAUGAAGACUCCUCAGUACCGCUCCAACCUGCAGCAACUUUUAGAGCAGGAGAAGCAAAAGCACAGGGACUUAUCAGGGCAGGCGGAGCAGCUGCAUUUUGUCUGUCAGUCUCACAAGGACAAGAUCAAAGGUCUAUUUCAAACCAAACUAGAUGAGCUUGGAGUAAAAGCCUUGACUGUGGAGGACCUUCUUCAGGCCCAGAAGGAGAUAUCGGCUCACAAUCUUCAGCUGAAAGAGCAGACAAAGCAGCUUGAGAGAGACAUGGCCUUGCUGAGAGACCACAGCCUACUACUGCUGAAGUCUCGGUGUGAGGAGCUGAAGUUAGACUGGGGCUCUUUGUGUCUGGAGAGUUUGUUAAAGGAGAAGCAGGCUCUGCGCCGACAGAUUUCUGAGAAACAAAAGCACUGUUUGGAGCUGCAGAUCAGCAUCGUGGAGCUGGAAACCAGUCAAAGGCAACAGGAACUGCUUCAGCUCAAAUCCUACAGUCCCUGUGAGGGCUCCCCGUACAGAAAGAGCCUGGAGUCACGCACUCCCACAGAUCUGGACUCUUUGAAGCUCGGCUUGUCCUCAGCACCCAUUCUGAAUGGUGUUAGCCCAGAGCUGUCUUUCAAUGGCACCAGCUCACCAUGCUAUGACCGGGCAAACGCAAAGGUUGAGUUUUCUCGCUACCUGCACAUCUCCCCGGACCAUGAGCUUGUGCCUGCCACGACUGAUGCACGACAGCGGCAGCAAAGUUCCUCCCAUACGCUUCCUGACUACACACGCUUCUCACCAGCCAAGAUUGCUUUACGAAGGCACCUUAACCAAGACCCCUCUGCUCACCUACGGGGUCCAGGCCUGACCACACAUAGGGAACUCGGAGGUGUGAACUCUCCACUUGGAGCCAAACUAAACUGCCCUUCUCCCAGUUCAUCUGAUGCUCUGGGUAAUCCUAAAAUCUCAGAGAGGGGUGGUAAGGAGAGGAGUCCAACAGUUCAGGGUGACAGCAUCACAAGCCUUCCUAUCAGCAUCCCUCUGAGCACUGUCCACCCAAGUAAAUUACCAGUCAGCAUCCCACUGGCCAGUGUGGUGCUGCCUAGUCGUGCUGAGAGACUUAGAAGUACCCCAAGUCCCGUCUCUCAGGCAGGGCAGACCAAUGGAUAUUCAUCAAGCUCAGGGCUAAUGAAUGGAGGUCCCCACCCUGAGGACCAUAAUGGUGCUUCUUUAUCACCACUGUCACAUAACGGUGCUUCUUUGACGGGACCAAUGAGCCGGGGGGGUCCCAUUCAGAGCCCCUCGCUGAGCACUGGAGGGGUGCUCCAGUAUGCCGACGGACCUCCCAGAAUCCUUCCAGAAGACGGUGCAGACCGCCAAGGUGGGGAAUCAGAUGCAGAACAACAAGAACGUGAACUGCCAAGGAGGAUGUUCUCUUCUUCCUCCUCUUCAUCUUCGUCUUCCUCUUCAUCAGGCAGCGUGGCUGCAGGACCUCGCCUCCAUCAUCACACUGGCAACUCCGCCAAGCAGGGAUACCACAAUAACCACGUCAACCACCACCAGUCCCCGGGCACGCAGCACACGCCCACACACACGUCUUCGUCACACACGCUCGCCUCUCAGGAGGGGCGCAAGCGAGGCAGAAGGAAGCGCAGCUCUGCAGUUGCUGUCAUGCCCAGUGGGUCCCCGAAGAGGAGGUCAUUCCCUGGGCUCAGCUCCAAUAGCCACUCCUCAGGGUCUCCACUCAACAUCAACUCCAUGGUAAACAACAUCAACCAGCCUCUGGAGAUUGCUGCCAUUUCCUCCCCAGAACAAUCAGGCCACAGCCCCAGUGUUGCUGACCUAGAUCAACCCCCCAUCUUGAAGAGAGAGCGCCCUCUGGAGCUCAAUGGGACAGGUCGAUACUCAACAGCCCCCAGCUCUGAUGACGAGGACUCGGGAUAUCCUGCCGACAGCUCUAGUUCUAGAAUUGAAAGAAAAAUUGCCACUAUAUCCUUGGAGAGCAGAGACGGUCAUGGUAGACUCUGUGAUAGUGAACAAGGCAGAAAAUCAAGCAGCAGCAGUGGUAACAGCACAGGAAGUGAGGGUUCCUCGUCCUCCUUGUCCUCUUCCAGUAAAUGGAAAUCUACCUUUUCACCCAUUUCUGAUCCUAAGCAACCCAACUCUGACCUGAGACAGGGGGGCUCGCCGUUCAGCAUGGGGGGGUCGAGUCGUGGCACUGAUUCAGAUUCAGACCACAAACAGCAAGGGAGGAAGGGGAGUGAUGGGGAGUCUUCCAGCUAUAUGACUCCCAAUCCAUUUCUCAGCCAGGAGUUGGGGGGACGAGGUGGAGGCAGCGGCGCCGUUAUCGUCCCAGGAACUGGACCAGAACAACGCCUUGCCCUCCAGAAGCAGAAGACGUCACGUGACUGGGAGCUGAAGACCAGCAGCAGCAUGGCCAGUCAGAACCUCUUCAUUUCUGCUGCUGCCAGUAGUGGAGGAGGCAUUCUGAGUGGGAAGGUGGGAGGCAGUCCUGUAGCAGUUUCAUCAACCACUGGGUCAUCUGUGGGACAGUACCUGGGGUCUCAAUUCCCACUCGGAGGGGCUUCAGUCUUACAGUCUUUGUUUGGGGCUCAGACUGGCGUUUCCACUGUGAGCGGGACGUCUCGGCUCGUUAAUGGUCACUCGGCCCUCGGAAGCUUCUCCAGCUCUGGUCUAGCAGGGGGAGCAGCAGGAGGUAUAUUUCACCACGUGGUUCCCUCAGUGUCCUCUCAUCAGUUUGGGGCAGCGCUGCCCACCUCUGGAGGCCUCAGCUCUCUGCUCAGUCCCUCCUCCUCUUCCUCUACCUUCUCCCAAACCCAGCAACACUCCACUUCCCAGUCAGCCUCCACACGUCUGACCUCCGUAACCUCAUCUCUCCCCCCGUCCCUGUCCCAGGUCCAGCACAGCCGCACACAGUCUGUCCUUCAUAGCCCUUCUCCUCCCACACACUCCCUGCCCCCUCCUCCACCUUUGCACAGCGUCUCUUCCUCCUCCUCUGCCUCCACAGCACCUACACUCUCUGACGCCCCGGCAUCCUUUCGAUCGGAGCCCCUCCUCCCCCCUCGUCUGUCCCCGUCCUCCCUGCACCACCAGAGAGUUCAGUUAUGCCUCACCCUGUCCAUCUCCUCUUCCUCCACCUCUGCAGCUUCUGUCUCUACCACCGCUGCUGCUUCUGCCUCUCUCUCCUCUUCCUGUCUGUCGACCUCCUCAUCGCGUCCAUUUGCAGUGCACUACUCCCCUCGGCUGCCCCCUCCACCGCCAGCCAACAGUUCAGGUGGUGGCGGGGGCAUGUGGAGGACUCAGGGCAUGCAUGGUACCUACACCACCUCCCAGCUCCCCGGCUCCCGACCUAGAUAG